UUACCCAUUUGUAUCUUUGGUGACAACAAGUAGCCCGAGGCCCAUUUUAACAUCGGACGGCUGGAGUGGCCCAAAUGCUCCUCUGGUGGAAAAAAAAAAAAAAAAAAAAAGAGAAUAAUAACAAGAAACGGAUAGAGCGAGAAGGAGAAAAGAAGAGCAGCCAGCACGAAGCAAGUUAAACGGCUUUUUUUCUCAAGCAUCUUAUCUGCAAGACACAGCAAUCUUCCCAAAGCUUUCAGCCAUGGCGUCGCUCAUGGUGGCAGCUGUUCCGUCCGCCACCCCUCGUUCGCUCAAACUCUGCCCUGGCUUCUCUUCUUCUCGUUCAGAGAUUCAAGGCACGUCCUUCGUCGAGGCCUCAUUCAAUUCGCUCACGCUCUCGGCUUCUUCUUCCGCUUCGUCAUCGCUUCCCUUGGUUUACUGCGGCAGAGGCGACAGGAAGACUGCUAAAGGAAAGCGAUUCGCUCACUCGUUCGGCAAUGCGAGGCCGAGAAACAAGAAGAAAGGGAGAGGGCCGCCGAGGAUACCGGUUCCUGCAGCUCCGUUAAAUCCAGAUGAACUGGUACAAGAUAGCGAAGAAGUCGCCAUUGAAACCGAUGAGUGAUGAGUUCUUCUCCCAUGUUUAAUUUUUUUUGUGCUGAUGAACACUUUUCUGUAGAUUUUCAAUUGUUGAAACUACGCUGCUUCUUCAAUGUGAUCCCUUUUGCAUUAAGGUUUAUGUUCAAUGACUAUUUCAUCUGUCAUUUACUUGCUUGGCUUUUCAGAGUUUAGGUCUUGAGGUUGGGAUUUUCAGGUUUUGGUAAUCUCAGAACUGUGUUCUUUAGGUACAUAGUUGCUUCUCUGCGGUUAUUUCGAUUUCUGGGGAACUUCGCUUUUGCUAACUUAAGAGUAGGGUCUGCUAAGUCAUAAGUGAUGAGAACCUUGCUAGGUUGAGAACUUGAGAUGACCAAAGAACUCAUGGUAUAUCCAGAGUCCCGAGACCUUUUCAGAUUGCGGCUCUCCAAUUGUGUUGCUAAUUCUGAGAUGAUGUUUGAAGAACUUCAUUUCUGUUUCUUGGGAGUAGAAGAUAAGAAUCACAAGCAAGGAACUCAUUAGUGAAAGGAAAUGCAUUAUCAUUUGAGAAAAUAACAUAUUCAGGCAGUAGUAGUAGUACACCCUUUUGCUGGGGAAAACAAAACCUCAGACCUCUCUGUCCCUCUUUAGUUGCAAAAGAUUUCUUUACAGUUCCUGCUCUGGAACUGCUGAAUUACAAGAGUGAACAUCUCUCUAAGCAUGGUUGAUAUGCUGGCAGACAACACAGUGCUCGGCGAUCAGCCUGUCCAUCACACUUCCAUCUUCAAUAAUCAAUUCCCUGCUCCUCUUGUUCCAUAGGUGUAAUGCAUAGCUAUCCUGCAGCUCCACUAGGAGCCGGUCAGCCCAUCUUGAUUGAGAUCCAGUUGUCGGCUUUCUGAAAAGCCUCCGGAUCUGUAUCCAGUCUACUGGAUAGAAUGCCUUGGGUUGCAAGACUGUUAUGUUGUAAUCUGGUAGGCUUCCACCCAUCCUCUGAAAGACUCUUGAAAACAUAGCUGGCCCGUUGUAGCCCCAUUUGUUCCCGUUGAAGGUGUUUGAGAAUUCUUUUAUGAACUCCAACAGCAUAGGAUGGCCCAGAUCAAACGCCACAACUGCAUUGUUGAUGCUGCUCCAUUGGUUAGUCACUGGAUCCACAGUCUGAGCUCCGACUGCGUUCCUUAGCUCUGAGAAAUCCUUGAGAACUAUGAAGUCAGUAUCGAUAUACACACCUCCAUAUUUGUAUAUCAUUGCAAUCCUUAUAAGAUUGGAGAGGUUUAUAGUUAGAGGGAUGUAGCCAGGAUCCCUAGUGCCACUCUUCAUGUCCUCGAGCCAAUCUUCACCCGGUGUAUCUUGCACCAAAAACGGCACGUCAGGUGUGACUGCAAGAACUUUGAAGCCGAGAUCGAGGACAGGCUUGAGCUUUCUGUAACCAUGCUUGGAGUCCAUGGACCUGGAGACGAUGAUCAAACAUGCCUCUGGAUUUGAGUGGAAGAGACUGUCCAUGCACAGGAAUUCUCUCGGUCCAAAUGUUUUGGCUGGUGAGAGCCAUACCAUGUAGAAUUGGACUGAACAGUUGUUGUUGAAGAACUCCAGGAUUCGGCCAUGGAACUUCUCGCUCAAUUCGUUCGAAUUGAGCAGGUCGAGUUCCGGGAGCUUCUGUCGGAACCAUUCAAUUCUUCCAGCUUUUGUCACAUUCUCCGGAGGGACCAGAGGAUCCACGACUUCACCCUCGUCAUCGUAGUCUUCCUGAUCAAUGUUCAUUUGAUUGUUAAGUUGUGGCAACUCAGUGGUGAUGGGGAGCGCUGGUUCCUGCAAGGCUGUGCCACUUGAAGAAGAAGGACCAGAAAAGAGGUGGUCGGAAUAGAGUACGAAGAAUAUGGCGGCAAAGGAGAUGGCCGAGAAGAUUGGCAUUUUGGCACUACGGGCAAAGUUGCGGAGAUCAAAUAUCUUCUUGGACAUUUUCUUGAGGAUCUUGGGGAGUGCAGGCAGGGAGAAUUCGUUGCGUGAGACCAUUUGGGAGGAGCAAAAAGGGAAGUGUGAUGAGAAACCAGAGCUGCCUUUCGCCAUAUUUUAUAUAUCC